GCGCGGUAACCUAGCGACGGACGAUCAUAUAAAGACAACGUUCGGUCUCGAUUUAGCGGUAUAGACCAAGAAAGUAUUUACUAAACGAUCUAAUGCGUAAUAUCUCAUAUUUAUCCGCUGAAACUUUAAAGGAAUGGAUUUUGGAAAAACCUUUUAAUUUUGUUAUUCUCGAUGUCAGGGGCGAAGAUAGAGCCGACGGACAUAUUCCCGGCAGUAUUAAUGUUCCAUCGGACACGUUCUUGGUUGACAUCGAAAAGGUGAUGGACCAAUGCUUACGGGCAAAGUGUGUUAUCGUGCACUGCACAAUGUCCCAAAUCAGAGGUCCGAAGGCCGCCCGGGUUCUGCACGAAUUACUCAUGAACCGGUUCUGCAAGGGAACACAGGACUCAAUGUCGCCUAUCGAAAUUGAUGAAGUCCUUCACAAAAUGCCUUCCAUAUACAUUUUGGAAGGCGGCUUUUUCUAUUGGAAUCAACGCUAUUGUAAUGAUAAACGGUUGGUAAGCUAUAAAAUGAAUUGAACUGAAUAAUUAUUAUCUCGAUUUGGGGAUACUCGUUCAUUAAAACCAUAUACCGAGUUUUAGGUAAAUUUCCUAUUUUUUUAAAGCCAUCAAAUGGAUGAAAUCAAUGACCCUCGUAAGUCUAAAGAUCCUUCUUGAUUUUGAGCGGAUGCUUGUAGUACACACCUUUAGAAAUAAGUAUACUGGCAUGUUCUAAAGCAAUAAAGAAAACGACGAGGAAGUUGCUGAUGCAGAAAUGACUAAUGCUGAUACCAAUUUCGAGCCAGGAACCCUCGUCUCUAACCAAGUAGAAAAAGUUGAUAGUAACCACAUCUGCCAUGGCCAUUGCGAUGAAAAAUGUAUUUCUCUGCUUUCUGCCAAGACGCUCAUUCAUGAUACCAAAUACAGCAGAAAGCACAACAAAGGGAAUUAUAAUAAUUAGAAUGAGGAUAGCUCCUUGCACGAAUGGGUUAAAAACGGGAAUUAAACGUUUGACCGAAUCAAGACUAAACGAUGAAAUCGAUGCAACGUUUCCUGUACCAAAGAAUGCCACUUGAAUGAAAAUGUAGAAAAACAUUGAAGUUCUGAUAUGGGAAAGUUCAACCGGAAGAUAUACCCCGUUCGAUUUCUUCUCAUGUGCCUCUUUCAAACGCGUUUCCAGUUCCAUCCACAGACACAAGGUCAUAAAGAAAGAAACAUUGAACAGGGAUUCGAAAGAUAUCGUGAAAAACACCAAUGUCGGACAAAUCAUUAGAAAGAGAAUGACUAAACGAUCCGCGAAAUAAUGCUUCAAGGAGCGAGCACUAGCAAAAGGAAUCACGAACGAGGUGCACAAGAGUGCAAAAGAUAAAACCCGAAGACCGAUGAGAACGGGUAGAUUAUUUUGCAGAUGAUUAACAAUUUUCUUCGUCAAUAAGCUGGUAAAAAAUAUACAACUACACUGAAGGAUAAGUUGCGAAAUUGGAACACUAGAAUCCUUAGCACUUAGCCGGCUUCUCGAGAAUAUGAUGUAGGAAACACCGAGCACAAGCAUGAUGAUACCGCCAAUGUCUAUAAGAAGAGGAGACUCGAUCUUUUCCGCGGGUAAAAGUGUAAAUGCACCAGUAGUGAGAGAAAACACCGACCAUAAUGCGCAAAUAGCUUUGUUUUGGAAAGAGAAUUUGGUAUGGAAAACCCACGGCCAUAAAGACAACAGUAUAAAGUAUACGCUGUAGAUAUUACGAUGGAAAUAACUCGCAACAACCGACUCCAAAAAGACAAAAACAAGUGACAAGCCACAGAUGGUAUUUAUCGCACUCGUUUUCCGUUGCGUCUUCGUUAACGUUAGAAAGUUCUUGAAACCGUCAAUGCCUUGAGGUGCUUUGGUAUACAACAGCUGAACAAAAAGUGUUGGGAACAACAAGUAAAGAUAAUAAGCAAGUGGGCUCUUUUGCAGGUAAAAAAAUACAUAAAGUACAGCGGACGGAAGGGACAAGAUGAUAGUGCUGGCGACAGUACGUCUUCUUGGGUGCACCUUUGCACUGGCAUUCUGAGCAAACACGGAGCACAAAAUAUACAAAAUCCAGCCAACGUAACCACAAAGAACAAUCGUUCUCAACAAAAACCAAUCAUAGCGCUGCAAAUAACGAAGCCCAUCAAGACUCUUGGACGUGAAAUCAAGACUGUAGGCAAUUGCGUCGCCAUAUCGACCCUCCGUAAUGGCUGUGUGCACAGAAGUAUUGAAAUCUUGAACAUGUGCUUGGUAAUUCGCCAGUGCAGGAUAGGGUUUGUAAUAGAACUGUGUUUCAGCCUUGGAGGACGAUUUUACGUGGUACUGUUCACCAACGACAAGUGCAUUAACAAAAGCGGCUUUCGCUUUUUGUGCAUCAUCACAAUCCAGAAAAUCCAAUGGAAUUUCACCAACGGAGUUGCUUGGGAAAUUUAGGCCCAGUAAGUACGACAUCAGUGGCGCAAUGUCAGCUUGUUUAACAUCUAGGCGCUUGACAGAAUCGAGUCCCCAAGGGCGAGAAUACCCGUCAUGACCUUCUGAAGAGUGAAUGGGCUUUCGAAUACCCGCACCCCAGGCAAUCAACGGAGUUCGCGUAUUGUCCAAACUUCCAUCACCAUGGCUGCCAUAAUCGCUCAUACCAUGAUCGGCAGUGAAAACCCAUGAAGUGGCUUUAUCGUCUUCAUAAUAUUUGUUCACCAUUUCUACCACGCGUUGUAAGUUCGUAUCAACAUACUGAAUGUUCUCCACAUAAUCUUUUGAGUAUGGACGUUUGCUGUGUCCGACGGUGUCGAUACCAAGCAAGUGCAAAAAGAAAACAAGCUUAUCCUGAUGAAGCAUUUCCCAGAGUUUGGGAUCGUGGAAGGAGGCAUUGAACAUUUGUUCUACGUGCUCAAACACCCAUUCGUCUUGAACAAUGCCACUUGCUGAGAAAUCCUCGUAUUCUGGAGGAUACAUAAAAGCAUCAACACGGUCAGGAUCUGAGGCACCAUGAGCAAACAUGGGAAGAAUGUCGGGCGAACCAAAAGAAUAAGUAUGUCUGCUUUGGUUGAAAACAGAAUCAAAAUUGACAGGGUUCAUCUUCCAGCCCUUGGUGACGGCAGAAACAUCCUCGUAAAAGCCAGCAAUGAUGGCUACGUGUCCAGGGCGAGACUCGGUAGGAACACGAGUAUGAGAGAUACCAAACGAGCCAUUGUUUAGGAUGAUUGAUCGCAGAAAGGGAGCCGCAUAUUCCUGGUCAUUGUCCAGCAUGUGCGAUGGGUGUUUUUGAAGCAAUUUAUCGGCUCGAAGUCCGUCACCUAUAUGUUUUUGUUAGAGCGAAAUUGUACGUAUGAUCGGCGAUCAUUGUAAUUGAGUGUUCUCUUCGCGUACCAACAACUAGAAAAAGUCGCUUCGCUGGAUGCUCCUCGACAGCAUAUUGCUGCAUGCCGUGAACAAGCGGCGUUACGAAAUAAAUAUCAAAGAUAGACUUUAAAUAUAUGACAUGGAAUAAGAUACCAAGCAGC